AGUUGAGAUUCAAGUUGAGUUUCAAUGAUGAAACAGUUUCUACUACUUUUGCCUUUGGCAUUUUGCUGUGCAUUUGCUUUGGAAAAUAAGAGCGACUCGACAAUUUUGCCGCAUGAUGAAGAUUUCGAACUUAAUCUCGAGCCCGAUAGCAUCAUCACCCAUGGUUAUCCUGCAUACGAAGGAAAGGCUCCUUACAUUGUCAGUCUAAAUCUGAGAAGAGACGACAGCAAUGGCCUAACUUUGUGCGGUGGAUCGAUCAUAGCCCACAAUUGGGUGUUGACAGCUGCACAUUGUACUAACGACAAGCACUACGUGGAUAUUCAUUAUGGAUCAAACUGGCGCUGGAAUGGUCAAUACAAUCACAGAGUCCGCAGCAACAACUUCAUUCAGCACCAUCUCUGGCCCAACACCAAUGGUAAUGACAUCGCUCUGAUCCGCACACCUCACGUCGACUUCACUGACAGAGUGAAUAGAGUGCGUUUGCCGACCUUCAACCAAAGGAAUGAACUAUUCGAGAACUGGUGGGCUGUAACCUGUGGCUGGGGAGGACAGGCCAAUGGUCAACUUGCUGAUUGGUUGCAGUGCGCCGAUCUGCAAAUUAUGAGCAAUCAGGAAUGCUCCAAGUCAUAUGGCAACAUUCCCAUUGGCAUUUUGUGUAUAAGUACUCCAGGUGGUAAAUCCACAUGUGGUGGCGACUCUGGCGGUCCUUUGGUUACCCAUGACAAUCCCAUAUUGGUGGGUGUCACCUCGUUUGUUUCGAGUGCAGGUUGCACUUCGGGAUCCCCCGCUGGAUUCACAAGAGUGACAGCCCACUUGGAUUGGAUUCGUCAACAUUCUGGUGUUGCAUACUAUUAAAAAA